GCCGGCUCCGUUGCGCUCGGCCGCCUCGCCUCCCCCGCCCCCGGCUGGUCCGGGCUCCGGGCAGCGCUCCCACGGCAGCGGCGGCGUGCCCGCGGGACUCGUGGCCCGCGCCCGGCACGGACGGCGUCAUGCGGCACCUGCCCUACUUCUGCCGCGGCCCGGUGGUGCGGGGCUUCGGCCGCGGCUCCAAGCAGCUGGGCAUCCCCACGGCCAACUUCCCAGAACAGGUGGUGGACAACCUUCCCGCUGAGAUGCCCACCGGCAUUUACUAUGGUUGGGCCAGUGUUGGCAGUGGGGACGUGCAUAAGAUGGUGGUGAGCAUGGGGUGGAACCCUUACUACAAGAAUACCAAGAAGUCCAUGGAAACUCAUAUUAUGCAUACCUUCAAAGAGGACUUUUAUGGAGAAAUCCUCAAUGUGGCCAUUGUUGGCUAUCUCAGACCAGAAAAGAACUUUGAUUCUUUAGAGUCACUUAUUUCAGCAAUUCAAGGUGAUAUUGAAGAAGCUAAGAAACGUCUAGAUUUACCAGAACAUUUGAAACUCAAAGAAGAUAAUUUCUUCCAGAUUCCUAAAGGCAAAAUAAUGAAUGGUCACUGAUGAAAGUAAUUUAUUCAUUCACUGUUUUCUAGUACUUUACUGUUCAUUCUACAUUGUUUCACUGUCAUUAUAUUUUAAAAAUCAGACAUAUUCCUACAACUGUGGAUUAGUUUAAACAGUUUAGCAUAGUUACUGUAUUGUGCUUUAGUUGUUAAAUUAAACUCAUCAGCCUAUACUACUAAAAAGACUCAUUUAAAAAAUCAAAAUUCUUUUUACAAAAUAUGCUGACUAUAAUUACCACUAGAAAAAUCUUCCAUAUUUUAUAAUAAAAAGGUAAUGUCUGUAAGUUUU